UUCAGAAAAAUGACCCCUUUCACGAAAAUCUAACCACCGACUAGUAUAAAUACGCUGGAUUGGAUUUUGAUAGUCAGUCAACUAUCAGCUGCACUCACAGGCACAUAGCAACUACAAAUACAUAAAGAUGUACUGUGGUGGAGUAUUCGUAACCCUUCUAGUCGUAGCAGUAACGUCAGUAUACUGUCAAUUCGAUGAUCAUCACCAUCAUCAUCACCAUCUAGAAGAAUACCAUGACUACAGGGCUCCCCCCCACUACCACUAUGACUACGCAGUACAUGAUGACCACCACCACGACUACCACAGCCAACAUGAAGAGAGGAAGCACCACGACGUUAAGGGAAAAUACGAGUUGCUGCAGCCUGAUGGCAGGAAGCGUAUUGUAGAGUACGUCGCUGGCAAACAUGGUGCUGACUACAAAGUCAGGUACGAAGGUCACUCCCACCACGGAGGCAUCGGAUCUCAAGGAAUCGAAGGUUAAGUGAUCAAUAUUAGAUAGUCGAUUUUUGCUCAAUGUGUACCUAGACUGGACCUAGCCAAGCUACCCUUGCUACCUACCGUUAUGUAUUUGUCAGUUGUUAUAUAUUUUUUAAGUUAUUUCGCAAUAAAACGUGUUGACUGAUAAC